AUGACAUGGCACACGCCUUCCUUGCCAAAGCUAAAUACAGGUGAGAGUCUGUUCUGUCUCCUCCUAAUCGAGUCAUGCGACCUCGGCUGUUAUCCUUACUGUCAGGCUGUCGAAAUGUCAUGCAUCAGAAGAAUGUUGAUUCAGAUAGCCUCCGUGAUCGACCAAGUCAUAGCUCAUUUCCUCUUCGGAGGUCAUAUGAAUAUUGGAUUUUGCUAUAUUGGAUUUCUCUCUGGUUUAAAUGAUGUUUAUAUUAACGUGCAAAUGAGUGUGACAUGCUUGGUUGAAAAGAAAAUACAGGUGGAGACAUGUCCAGUUUCCCUCACAUGCAGUGUAAUCAAGGUAUGCCUUACGGCAGCCACUGGUUAUUACAGUGUCCCCAAGUACCCCAGUGAAUCUACUACCAUGGACACCUACGCCGCAGACUUUACUGACGUAUCCAAGCAGUAUGCCGCUUAUCCCGAGGCCGCAGCUUCCCCCCUGCCAGACUGGUUCGAUUUCCUUACUCCUGAUCACCAGGACAGCGAUUCAGUGCUGUUACCCUCCCCGACCCUGCCGAUGCUGCCGCUUGACGUCAUGAAUGUGCUGGGAUCGACGUCGCCUCCCCACAAGCGUCGCUGCGUCUCGGCCACGCCUGAACUUGGUCAAGAUUUGUAUCCGUCACCACCCCAGGCGCCGGUUCAACCCUCGCAGUUUAAUUACCAGUACCAGACGUAUGCAUACCCUGCCUCGACUACUCAGUUCCACCCCAACUCUGUGGUGCCGGUGGCUCCCACAGAAGUCCCACAUGACAAAAGGCUUCCAGUGUAUCAAGCCAGUGUGCGUGUCCCCUCCACGGCUCCUGCUCCGAUGGUAAUCAACUCAGCGCUCGGGCCCGUGGCUGUGUCUUACAACUUGCCUCCUGCUUUAAAGGGUCGGCGUCCUCCUCGCAGGAGAAACAAGAACUCGGAGUGCCAGGUGUGCCAGAAGAAGUUCGACAGUCGCUACAAGCUGAAGGCGCACAUGAAUUCACAUCUGAAUAAACGACCCUUCGUGUGUGAUGUCUGUGGCCAGGCCUUUCUCAGGAAUCAUAACCUGGCGUCCCAUCGUCGAACGCAUGAAGUUGAGUAUGCCUACAGCUGUCAGCAUUGUAACCGUGGCUUCAGGAGGCCGGCGGAGCGUCUUCUUCACCUGUUGCUGAAAGUUUGUCAACGGCAGGUUAAUCUGAUACGACGAACCACUCAUGGCUGGAACUGUCACAGUUGUAACGUCACGUUCACCGAUCUUUCCGCUGUACAAGAACAUGUUCAACAACACAAGCUGAGUGAGGGACCCCGACGUGCCUGUCCGGUGUGUCAUAUUCUGUUUACUGGACAGCGUGACCAUAAGAUCCUUGCGCAUGUUAAGUCCUACCACCCGGACUACUUGAGGAACCUUGGCUAG